AUGCGGGCGGAGGAGCCGCUGGCGCUGGCGGCCCCGCGGGCGGGAGGAGGAGGAGGAGGAGGAGGAGGAGGAGGUGGUGGUGGUGGUGGAGGAGGCGGCGAGGCGGAGGCGGAGGUGCCGGGCGAGGAGCGGAGCGGCGGGAGCUGCUGCAGCAGCGAGCGGCUGGUGAUCAACAUCUCGGGGUUGCGGUUCGAGACGCAGCUGCGGACCCUCUCCAUCUUCCCCGACACGCUCCUGGGGGACCCCAGCCGCCGGGUGCGCUACUUCGACCCGCUCCGCAACGAGUACUUCUUCGACCGCAACCGGCCCAGCUUCGACGCCAUCCUCUACUACUACCAGUCCGGGGGGCGGCUUCGCCGGCCGGUCCACGUGCCCCUCGACAUCUUCCUGGAGGAGAUCCGCUUCUACCAGCUGGGCCAGGAGGCCAUCGAGACCUUCCGCGAGGACGAGGGCUUCAUUCAAGAGGAGGAGAAGCCCCUGCCCCAGCACCACUUCCAGCGCCAGGUCUGGCUGCUCUUCGAGUACCCCGAGAGCUCCGGGCCGGCCCGGGCCAUCGCCAUCGUCUCCGUGCUGGUCAUCCUCAUCUCCAUCGUCAUCUUCUGCCUGGAGACCCUGCCCGAGUUUCGCCAGGAGCCCAAGGGCGUCCAGCCCGGCUUCGGGGAGGCGGCACUGCCCGGAGAUGAGGCGCUGCUGCUGCCGCCGCCACCACCACCACCGAGCGGGACUCCGCCACCCCUGCGCCCGGCCGCCGGCGCCGGCCCCUUCUUCACCGACCCUUUCUUCCUCAUCGAGACCCUGUGCAUCAUCUGGUUCUCCUUUGAGCUCCUCGUCCGCUUCUUCGCCUGCCCCAGCAAGCCCGAGUUCUCCCGCAACAUCAUGAACAUCAUCGACAUCGUGGCCAUCAUCCCCUACUUCAUCACCCUGGGCACCGAGCUGGCCCAGCAGCAGCAGCAGAAGCAGCAGCCCGGCAGCAGCAGCAACAACGGGGGCCAGCAGCAAGCCAUGUCCCUGGCCAUCCUCAGAGUCAUCCGCCUGGUCAGGGUCUUCAGGAUCUUCAAGCUCUCCAGGCACUCCAAGGGGCUGCAGAUCUUGGGGAAGACUCUCCAGGCCAGCAUGAGGGAGCUGGGCCUCCUCAUCUUCUUCCUCUUCAUCGGGGUGAUCCUCUUCUCCAGUGCUGUCUACUUUGCAGAGACUGAUGAUCCCGACUCCCUGUUCACCAGCAUCCCUGAUGCUUUUUGGUGGGCGGUGGUGUCCAUGACCACCGUGGGCUAUGGGGACAUGUAUCCCAUGACAAUCGGUGGCAAGAUUGUGGGCUCCUUGUGUGCCAUCGCGGGUGUGCUCACCAUCGCCCUCCCUGUCCCCGUCAUCGUGUCCAACUUCAACUACUUCUACCACCGAGAGACUGAUCACGAAGAGCAGUGCCAGUACACCCACGUCACCUGUGGCCAGCAGCAGUCACCCUUCUCUGAGCCCAAGAAGGGGGACAGUAAUCAGUCUCUCAGCAAAUCUGAAUUCCUGGAGGCAGAAGACCUGGAGUCCAUGAAAUAUUCCAACUUCAUUCCUCCCAACAACCAGGGUUAUAAAGAGAAGAAAAUGCUGACAGAGGUGUGAUCGGUUUUGUUAGCCUGGGUCCAGACACAGAGCUGCAAGCUGCUGCUGCACAGCCGUCUUCCUACUAGCAGCUGGAUCUUUUCAGCAUUUACAUGCCAGACUGUGAACUGUGAUACCGUAAACAGAAUGAUUGUGAUAAUGGGCUCUUCUGUCCUGAUUUGCUGUUUCUCAUUACCGUGUGCAGGCGGAAAUGUUCUUGCUUUAUUCUGUGGAGUGCUAGCUGUCAUCCCCCACUCCCUCGUGCAUUUCUUUCUCUGUUUUUGAAGACUGCUUUAAUCCAAUGUUUGCUCUGAAACCUAGCCUUCCUACUCCACUAGCAGAGAAGCCCUUGCCACUACUUCGGCUGAAGGAUUUGGCAGGGAGUAAACAGUUAAAGGGGCUACAAACAUCUGGCUCGAGCUGUGCCCUUAGUUCUUGUGCCAGCGCAGUGCCCUUGGCUGGGGGAUCGGUCACGCCUGCCAUGCCAUUGCCUUUGAAUAAUGGAAACGCUGUAGCCAGCAUCACAGUGAGCUCUGCAGCUGUAGGGGAAAGUCAGCAGGCAGCCGCCUGCCUUCUUUGCAACUCUUGGCAUGCUAAAGACCCUCUUGGUUUGUGUUUCAAAAAAGGUGCAUAGGUCUAAAAGCUCUUUGCUACUUGCGACCAUAUACUGUUUACCAAAAACAGGCUUAUAGAAAUCAACAGGCUUGGUGAAGAUGCUCUGUGUUUUGAGCUUGCUUCAGCCUUAUUUAUGCCAGUGCCCUGAUGUUAAUUGGCUUUUACAGUACCAACUUAAUCUUCGUAGUGGUAAGUGCCUUCUGAUGCAAGGCACAUUUGAGUAAAAUCGUUUGUUAUCUCCACAGUUUAUGUCCACACAAUAGCAUUUAAUGAGAUGUACUUUAUGCUUCCGAUACCCAGUUCUGUAUUCAGGCACGUGAGAGCAAUUGACUCCGCUGCGUUUUUAUUGAAGCGUUUGUAUAGCUGAGGGAAGUUUGCAUGUUGGUAUUUUGUUGACAUUGCUGAAACACCCUGACCACAGACAGCUGCACUUGUGCUGUCUGAAGAUUGCACUGAUUUAGCAGGUCACAGGCAUAAAUUGCCCCAGGGUAAGUGUGUCAACAUUUGAGAUUUAGACUGGCACGGAUACAAACUUCCCUAAGCCAUCUGCACAAACCCAACAGCAUACCCCAGGCCUUUCAAAUGAGGGGAGGAACAGCUAGCCUUGAAGAGGUGCUUUUGCUGUAUUACUGAUCUAG